CACCUGGUGGUGGAAGAGAGAGAGAGCUUUGUUUCCCACACCUUCGUACCUUGUGCUGACAACUGGAGUUUCAGGAGGAAAGAGCAGUUUCUCCAAAAAGUGGCGUCAAGAUGUCAAGCAUAUUUGCCUACCUCAGUGCAGAAGUUGACUGGUGCGAAGGGAAUUUUGAGCACUCGGAGUACAUCGCCGAAUACUACAACACGAUCAGCAACCUCAUUUUCUUCAUCAUGACUCCUUUCAUGAUCAUACUGAACUUCGACUACAUGAAAUAUCGGCCUGGCCGUGUCCGCAGCCUUGCUUUUAUGGUGGUGUUCAUUGGUGUUUCCUCCAUCUAUUUCCACAUGACGCUUAGCUAUGCCGGGCAGCUGUUGGACGAACUCUCCAUUCUCUGGACGAUGGGUCUGAGCUACGGUUGCUGGUUUCCCAUGCACCAUUUCCCACCCUUCAUCAAGAACAGGGAACAGUUUGCAUACAUGGUGGGCAUCGUGAUGGUGGUGAGCACAAUAAUGUCCUUCAUCAAACCGGUGGUCAAUGCUUAUGCUCUGAACAGCGUCGCCAUCCACCUCCUGUACGUGAUCUUCCUGGAAGUCAAAAGGAACACCAACCCCCGCGCACGACGGCUGGCUGGCAUUACCGUGAUCUGGUGGUCCAUCGCCAUCAGCUGCUGGAUAGCAGACAAGUUCUUCUGCGAAUUCUGCCGAAUGAUCAACUUCUGUUAUCUUCACAGCUUGUGGCAUAUUUUUAUCAACUUGGCUUUGAUGUACUUAUCGACCUUGAUCAUCUAUCUCGACGUCUUGUAUGAAAUGCCCGGCUCUGAACCCAACUUUUUGUAUUGGCCUAGCGAAAAAUCUCUGAUCUCGCUGCCGUAUCUUGUCAUUGGGAAGUCGCACAAGUGGUGUUAGAGGUUCCGUACUGCCGCUGGUGUCAUGGUGGGGGGAGACGGGCUGUCCCUGCUUAGUACUGAAGUGUGCAAUAAACUAUUUAUGUGUGUCAGUGUUGGGGCCCUGUGGGGGAAGACACAGAGCGGUUGAACUUUAUACUCCUUUGCGGCAUCUGCUGAAGAACUGUUCUGCAAUGCAGUGACAUUCUCGGUAUGCUUAGUCGUGACUUGUGAAGCCCCACUGAUUCACCGGGGCUUGCUCCUAAACAGCUGUGCUUUUCUCUGUCUCAGGUUACAUUACAUAUGUGAAAUUCAAACCUGCUUGGAACAGAUAUCACUAGUAUUUUUCUGCUGGGAACUGUUGCCAAUGCCAUAGUUUUGGCAGGGAAUGAGACAUCUCAGGUUUCUCCUAUUGAUUCCCAGAACAAUAGCCCCAAAAUUCUUGGGCUGGGAAUUGCGACAGUCAGAGAGGUCUAAAAGGGGUUGAAUGUUAUAAGGAUGCAUACAAAAUGGUUCAAUGUAUAAUCUUUUUUUCUUUGUACCUCCUGUGUUCAAAUAAGGACUAGGAACAAGCAGCUAAAGCUAUCUUUGCUCCUUGUAAGCCCUCGCUGAGAAAACCAGGGACCUUGUUUCUGUGUUCUAAUGUUGCCUCCCACUCACACACUCUGGAAGUACAAAAUAAAUAUAUUUAAUUAAAACGGGGAAAAGGGUACAGCAUCAACAGGACCAAAUGUUAGGAUAUUGCUAAGACGUUUGUGGGGCUACGGCACCACCCGAAAGCCUGGUGAUACAGAGCUGGACUUCAGAAGCCUUAACUGCAGAGGGCGCUGUUGGUGAGUAAUGUCCUUGGCAGAUGGUAGAGACACUCCCAAGAAUAUGUGCUGUUCCUAGAUGGCGAAGAAAGGCAAAACAAGUUGGCACAAGCACGAUUGCCGAAAGCCACCAUGGGUACCCGGACAAAGAUUCCACCUGGGACACCCGCAUAUG